CACAAUGAAACUUUUUUUUCCGCGUUUCGUCAAGAAAACAAAUGUUAGUAGUGAUAAGCACGAGGAGUGUGUCGUCUCCAGGAAGCCGGAGUUAGCUUAGCGGCAAUAACAUGCUAGUUGUAAUUGGAGGAGGGCAGCGGUGCAGCUCCAGGAUUUCACUUCUCCCACAACUCUACCCUGCGUAGGCACACAUCAAGUCUUCAUGUGAAAAUGGACUUAACAAAUGAACCUGAACACAGACAUAUACUAUGCUGUGCCCUCGUUAUAUGAUGAGCUUGUGACAGAACUAGCGCCAGUUCAUAGUCAUGUUGAUGAUAAUGAACUAUGGCUAUUGUGGUGAAAUCAUCAGAGAAAUCUGACUUUGAGUCAGCGCUGUGUAAGCACUCCAGCUCCCUGAAUCCUGUCUCCUCUGGAGGCCUGGACAACGGCAGCUCCAGCUGGAGUAUCAACUAUUCUACAGCUGAGCUUUCCAGGAGCAUGACUACCUGUGUGGCUCUCAUCGUUAAAGUUGCUUAUUAUGAUGGCAACACAACACUUCCUGCUGAGAGGCCCAAAGAGCAAGUGGCCGUGAGCUGUGGCGAUGGCAUCAGUCUGCCGCAAAAGAUCCUGUUUCCACCAGAGCGCCUCAGCUUGACAUGGACUCAAGUCCAUCGUAUUGGAGCAGGUCUCCAGAACCUGGGCAACACAUGUUUUCUGAAUUCAGCUCUUCAGUGUCUUUCAUACACUGCACCACUUGCUAACUACAUGCUGUCCAGAGAACAUUCCAAAACAUGUCAUGAGCCCGAAUUUUGCAUGCUGUGUAUCAUGCAGAAUCACACCAUUCAGGUGUUUGCUAAUUCGGGGAAUGCCAUCAAGCCCCUUGGUGUGUUGCAUGAACUAAAACGGAUUGCAAAGCAUUUCCGGUGUGGGGAUCAAGAAGAUGCCCAUGAGUUCUUGCGGUACACAGUGGAUGCUAUGCAAAAGUCCUGUCUGCCUAACAAUGAAUUGGACAGGCAAACGCAGGCUACUACUCUGAUCCAUCAGAUAUUUGGAGGAUUUUUGAGGUCCAGAGUGAAGUGUAUGAACUGCAAAGCAGUAUCAGACACAUUUGAUCCUUAUUUGGAUAUUGCACUGGACAUCAAGAAUUCCCCAACUAUUCUCAUUGCUUUUGAGCAGUUUGUUAAGGCUGAACAGCUCGAUUGGGAGAAUGCCUACAAGUGCAGCACCUGUAAGGAAACGGUUCAGGCUUCAAAAAGAUUAAGCAUUCACCGCAACUCCAAUGUGCUCACUGUCUCUCUGAAGCGCUUUGACGACUUCAAUGGAGGCAAAAUCUCCAAGGAUGUGAGAUACACUGAGUACUUUGACUUGCGACCAUACAUGUCCCAGUCUCACGGAGAGCCGCAGAUUUACGGGCUGUAUGCUGUGCUGGUGCACUCAGGCUUCAGCUGCUAUGCCGGACACUACUACUGCUAUGUAAAAGCAAGUAAUGGCCAGUGGUAUCAGAUGAAUGAUUCAUCAGUGACUCCUACUAAUAUACAAACUGUGCUGAACCAGCAAGCAUACCUGCUGUUCUACAUCAAGCAAGGGUCUACAGAUCUGAAAAAUGGAGAUUUUAACCAGAAGGGUUUUACUCCAGGCCACUCAUCUCCCCGACCAGUAACACCUAAGCUAAACGGGCAUUCUUAUACCUCCUCAACAAUUAUAGGUCCACAGCUCCCUCCUACUAUGUUAAAGAAUAACUCGUAUGUCAAUGACAACGGCUCCUCAAAGGAGUACCACAACAGCUCAAAGCCCAGCAGCAGUGACAUCAGCAGCGUGAGCAAAGCCACCUCCAAUGUGUCUUACUCUUCCACCCCAUCCUCGGCUUCUCAUCAACCCGUCCACCCCACGGGCAUGAAGAGUAUCAAGAUGAGAUUUACUCUCAGCAAUGGAAAGGUGGUCCGGUGCAGAAUCUUGGACAACGGUACUCCUAAGCCUUCUGGUGUUGCCAAGGCAGCCAGUGGAAACGAUGGCAUGCACAGUCCUCACUUUAAUAGUUCAAGCUCACACUCGCCUAAGACAAACGGAUCUAACAUCUUCUCCGAGUCUCACAUGGGUACAAAUGGGUCAGGACAUGAUCAAGUCAAUGGCUUCAAACAUUCUGACAAGUACAAUGGAGAGCGGAGCAGAAAUAGAGCAAAGCCCUCAUCUCCAUGUACCACUAGCCCUUUGCCCCGGCAUGGGACCAGAAAACGCAGCUUGUCUGGUGAAGACAGCAUGUCUGAGGAGUGCAGGGCCAAGAAAUAUAAAAAAUCAAAGGAGAAAAAUAAAGACAAGCACAAUAGUUCAGAAAGGGACAUGUCUGUCAAGAACCAGGACAGCAGCUCCAGCCAACAGAACAAAAAGAAAAAGAAGAAGAGGAGGCAUGAGUCAGAGGAUAGACCUCACAGAGAGGGACGGUCCUCAGACAAGCAUGAUUGGAAAGGCAGGAAUGAUGAAGAGAGGAAGAGCCGUAAGCACCAGCGCAGCUCUGACAAAGAUAGUUCUCCUCACCGUCCCAAACUGCCAUGUAUGAAGGAUAUUCGUCAAAUAUUUUUUAUGAUGUAAAAUUCUGCUCCAGACUGAACUUCUCUUGCUGCAGGUAAUGUUGUUAAGCAUUAUAAUGGAUAUGUCCAAGGAUUCUGUCAUAAUGAAGUAGUUGCAGAGAUCAAAUAUGGAGACGUGAACCAUAUUUCCUCUAACAGUAAUAGGAAGAUUUCCUUACGUGAAGGAGACAUGGGAGAGACAGGCCCUGUGCCGUGCAGAUGAAACAGUGAAUUCUGGAGAUCUGCCUCUGACCUAUG